AUGGAAGGUGAUUACGAACCGCAACGUCAUAUAGCAAUGAUAAUGAAAUGUGGCGAUAAGCAGAGCUUUCCGUACAUGCCUCUUGGAUUGUCUUUCCUUAGUUUUAUCGACGCUGCAAUUUGGACUGCCUACUCUUUGAUCUACCAAAUUGAUAUUUACAUCCUUAUAUGCAAUGGUUUUGGAACACUCGCGUAUGCUUCUCAAUUCAUAGUCAAUGCCAUGGGCCAAGGGGUGCAAGUGCACCAAAUGACUUUGGAAAUUUAG